AUGAAAAUUUUUUCAUUAUUUUUAUUAAUAUUUAUUUUUGUUAAUAUUGUAAAAUCAAACACUACACCAAAAUCAUUAUUUAAAAAUGAAGAAAUUAUAGAUUCAAGUGAAGAUGUAAAAGUUAUAUUAAUAAUGACAUUCAAAAGAAUGAAUGAUUUUAGUAAAUGUUUAGAUAGUAUAAUUAGUGCAAAUCAUUCUAACGAAUAUCAUUUAGUAUUAACACAAUCAGUUUCAAUGAACGAUUAUAACGAGUAUAAUCAAUUGGAAGAUAUUUUAAAUGAAAAAAUAAACCAAAAUCAAAAUCAAAAAUUAUUUAAAUCAAUAACACAUAUUGAAACUGAAUCAUCAAGUAAACAACCAUAUGGGAAUGCAUAUUUUGCAUUUAAAAAUUUAGUACACGGUAUGAAAUUCACUGUUGAAAAGUUAUUUCCAAAUUUACAAUCAUUAAUUAUAUUUGAAGAGGAUGUUGAAAUUUCAAAAGAUGUUUUCGAAUUUUUUGAAGCUUCAAAAUCAAUAAUGAAAAAAGAUAAAUCAAUUAAAUUCGCUACCACUGCAUUCUUUCUACAUACAACUCAUCCACAAUAUAAUUGGUUAUUAGAUAAACCACUUAAAAGAAAAAGUAUAAGAAAUGAAAACUCUUUAUCACUUUUAGUACCAAAUCAAUUAAAUAAAGUCACUUUUAAUGGUGAAAUUGAAUUUAAAGUUUUAUCUUGGCUAUUAGAUAGAUCAAUUAUUAAUCAAUUAAUUUUAGAUUUUAAUAUAAUUGAAAAUUGGGUAAUUGAAAAUAAAUUUGAAGAUAAAAUUGAAAAUAAACCAAAUACGAAUAAACCAGAAUUAUUAAAAAAUAAUUGUGAUUGUUGGAAUCAUGAUAGAUAUUUAGAAUUAAGAUUUAAAGGAUUAAAAUUCAUUGGAUCACAAUCACCAAGAUGUAAUCAUAUACCAGUUGGUGGUUUUGGUUUAAGUAGUGUUUUAGAUGACUAUGGAUUCCCUGUAAAUCAAGAUUACAUAAAGAGUAAUCAAUUUGUAAUGGGUGAUGAAAUAAAUGGUGAGAAAAGUGUUUGGGGAAUUGUUAAAGAAUUUUUACCAAAAUUUGAAUGUCCUUCAAGGAUUAAUUGUUACAAUAAUCAAACGAAUCAAUAUUGUGGUACAUUAAAAGUUUCAACUUGUUUAAACAUUUGGGGACCACCACCACUUCAAUGUGUACCAUGUAGUGGUAGGAAAACUUCAACUUUAGAUCCUCAAUGUAAUCAAGAAUUUUCAUCUUGUUGUAAAGAAAAUUGUAAUGCUCAUAAUCCAUUUUUCAUUUCAAUUCCAUCCUUACAUUAA